GAUGUGAGACAGAACUAUACUAAAUAAAAUUCUACAACGUAUCGACCUUCUACUUGCAGGGAAUCAUGUACAUAAUGACUGCCGGAACCUGCAAAAAGAGCAAAUUGGACAUAUCAUGGCUUCAGGGCACCGAACUUCCCCAUUGCAUACCAAGCAAUGCCCACCUAGACAGGGAGAUAUACCUCGGAGGACCCCAUGAAGAUAUUGAAGUAAUGACCUACACCCAUGCAGUUAAACAUGGAGUUCGACAUCUGACUGUCUCCGCACAUCACUGCUACCCUAUCCAGGAGGUCUUCUAUUUUAGAGAUUCAUCCGUCUCAGAUAAAUCCACUGGAAACGGCACCAUCGCCCAAGUGAAAAACCUCAAGCUGUCUGUUGAUGAUCCCUCCGUCUUUGAGAUCCCAGACAUAUGCCACAAGGCACCAAUAUCUCCAGCACCUGAAAUGCCCUUAACUCUGGGUCUUCUCCCAAAUUUUGCCAAACAUUUUGACUACUAGAAUGGAAGCCUGGCUGACCACCACAGAAGAGUGGACAAGAGAAGAAAGAAGAAAAAAA